UGGUAGCAAACUCCCCAAGUGAAAAAGAAAACAGGGACAAAGACUAUGCAUGCAUUAAUAACCGCGUUUCUCCGCUGUUUUUCCUUCCUCCUGCCUCCCUCCUGGCUUCAGCUCGCAUUUUGCUGGUGGGUUGGGGAUGAGUGCGGAAAGAUGCCAUGGCCCAAUCCGAGGGCGCGUUUCAAAAGGAAAAAGCCUCUUACAUAUCAGGAAGUAACACCACAAGACGACUCCAUCCCCUCCGCUUCCCCUGCUCCUAGCUGUGUCUCGCUAGCUGCUAACAGCUCCGCACCGCUACCACAGGGCUCUCCGUGGGGUAGAAUCCGGGAGCUCUGGCAAGCUGUGGAGCGCAUCUUCGGGGCUCCCUUUGCCAUCCAUCAACGCUGGUGCCAGAAGCGUCACGCUUUUUGCAGCCCUUACCCCGUCGUUGCUUUCGAUUCUAGCGCCAACUCUGUAAGCAGUCGAGGCGGCAGUGCCUUUGCAACGGAGGCGGACGUACUGACAGGAGACACGUUAACCUCGGGCAGCAUGAGUACGACUAUGGAGCUCCCCAGCCAGUCUCUAUCAGACUUGGUCGGACAGACGGUAAACGAGGAGGUGAUAACGGUGGACCAACACCAGCUGGAGAUAGGGACCCAAGUUACUAUAACUGUUGCUAUUCAGGCAGCAGAGGACGAGGACCAAGAACCUGACGAAGAGGGCUCGGUAAACCAUUUGGAUAUUCACGGUAGCGGCAGCGAGGACGAAAUUGGACGACAUGACAAAUCAAGUGGGGCUGGCACGAGUGGAGGUGAGCUCGAGGAGGAGAGUUGGCAGCCUCCAGACCCGGAGCUGACGCAGAAGCUGGUGGCCCAGAUUGAGUACUACCUGUCAGAUGAGAACCUGGAACACGACGCCUUCCUGCUCAAACAUGUCAGACGCAACAAGCUCGGUUUCGUCAGCGUCAAAUUGCUCACCUCCUUCAAAAAGGUGAAGCAUCUGACCCGGGACUGGAGAACCACUGCCUACGCCCUACGCCAGUCCGCACUGCUGGAACUGAACGAAGAAGGGCGCAAGGUGCGGCGCAAGACCAUGGUGCCGGUGUUUGCCAGCGAGUCCCUGCCCAGCCGCAUGCUGCUGCUCAGCGAGCUCCAAUGUUGGCCUGAGCUGGGCGUGGCGCUGCAGGGAGGGGCUGCGGAUGCAGGGGGGGGGACCGGAUCAAAUGGGGGUGGAACCACACAGCAGGAGCACCUGAUGGAGCUGCUGCUGAAGGCUUUUGGGGCGUACGGCUCGAUCGCGUCGGUGCGUGUGCUCAAGCCCGGGAAGGACCUGCCCGCCGACCUGAAGAAGCUGAGCGGGCGCUACACUCAGCUGGGUAAGGAUGAGUGCGCCAUCGUGGAGUUUGAGGAGGUGGAGGCUGCCGUAAAGGCCCACGAGGCGGUCGGGGGUGAGAAGGAUGGUGCCAGCCCGCUGGGUCUGAAGGUGGUUCUGAUCGGCACCAAGCCACCCAAGAAGAAGGUGUCCAAGGAUCGGCUGCAACGGGAGGAAGGGGGCGUUGUCGGCAUGGGCAUGCGCAAGAGCCGCUCGCUCAACAGCCGCGUACGGGAGCUGCAGUUCGGCGACGACUCUGCGUGCAGCUCCUCAGAGACUGAGAGCAAUCCCACUUCGCCACGGCUGGCCCGGAAAACCCGCUCGCUCAACAAGCUCAGCCCCACAUCUGGUGGCGCUGGCUUCCAGAAUAAUCACCUGAGCCCGGCGGUCUCCCCACGCUCCAGCCCUUGGUCCAGCCCACGCGCCAGCCCCUGCUCCCAGCGCAAAUCCGGCAAGUCGCCCCUGGCCAGUGAGGGCCGACUCAGCCCAGAGCCGGGCAGACGAUGGGCCGACUACUCCUCAGACAGCAGCCUGACCCCCUCAGGGAGCCCUUGGGUGCAGCGCCGCAAGCAGGUGGCCUCCCAGGAGAGCAGUCCUGUAGGGAGCCCCAUGAUGGGUAGAAAGAUCCAGAAUGCUGACGGCCUCCCUCCCGGGGUGGUGCGUCUCCCUCGUGGGCCGGACGGGACCCGAGGCUUUCACCCUCCCGCCAUGACCGACCGGGCCAAAACUGUCACCACGCAAACCUGAUUCACCAGGACCACUCGAUAGUCCCUUCUCGGCCGGUAACAAGACUCUACCAUCUCAAAACCCUCUGCCAAUCAAUCCCUUUACCUCACCCAACACCCCUCCACCCUCCAAACACUGAAGUGGCCACCAAAAAAUGGUUUUGUUUUUGAGUAAUUUUGAAUUCUAGUCUUUUUGUCUUUGUAAUACGUUUUUAUACACUUCGGUUAAUUACAUGCAUUGUAAUCAUUUAUUUUGGAUUUUUUUUUAUAUUCAAUUUAAUAUUGAAAAAAAAAAAGUAUUGCUAGAGAAGAGAUUGGUGGAAUAAUCUGUAUAUGUAGAAUUUGUAUAGCAAGCUCUUUAGUAUUUGAGAUGUCAUCUCUAUAGGUGUCUGAAGAGGUUCUAAAUAGGGCUUAACUUGAACAGUGCUUUUCAGUUUUUCUAUUUCCUUUAAAUUGAUGUCCUCCUGUGUAUGUGUGUAAAUGUAUGUAUGUGUGAAUGUAUGUUACACAAACGACAGUCUUCUGAAUGUUGUCCGCGUAUUUAUAGUGUGGUUUGUGGGUGUGGAAGCAUCACCAUACUUCCUGUGUUUUGUUUAAACAAAAAGGAAAAGGGGCAAUUGCACUCAUCUGGUCAGUGGCCAUCUCUCUGCCAUACAGCUGAAAUGCUAAUAGCUGAUGGAUUUUUUUUGUUUGUUUGUUUUUAUUUGUUUGUUUUAAUUUAAAGUUUUUAAUUUAAUAUUUUCUUCCCCUUUCCUUUUUGGACAAUGCUUCUUAUUUUAGUGGUUACUGUCGUGAAACAGAGACAGUAUGGCAGAGGUCUCUUCCUUGACUGGAGCGUUCACUGCUUCCUGUCCGUGUGUAGCAUGUUGAGUAAAGGGAUAUGCGAAGGGACGUCCACACAACAUGGCAAACAUUCUCUCCUGUUCUUGCCUUGAUUCAUGAAUUGAGGCAAUGUACCAUGUUUAUUUGCUACAAUACAAAUAAAUCACUGAAAUGGCA